UCUCCUUCUCUACCUAUAUACCGGUGAGGUGGGUGGAAAGCAGACUUUGGAGAAGAGGCCAGCGAGCUUCUUCACGGAUAGUGGGAAGAUCUUUCCAUUCCUUUUUAUACUUAUGGAUAAAAAAUUGCAAAAAAACUAUGGAGAUAUAUUUUCAUACAUUAAUGAAAAUGUAUUUGAAUUAAGCGCCAAAAGUUUUCUAACUGAUUUCGAAGUCAUUCUUCAAAUGGCAAUAAGAAAUAAACUCACCGUUGGUAAAAUCUAUGGUUGUUGGUUUCAUUAUUGCCAAGCAAUAAGGAGAAAUAUUUCAUAUAAGUGGAAACAAUUGGCUUCUUCAAUAAGAAACAAUCAAAAUGCCUCUACGAUAUACCACAAAAUCCUUGCUCUACCUCUGUUACCAGCUACACAAAUAAGUGCGGCUUUUGGGAACAUAAAAGAAGAAUUGGUGAAUACAAAUAUGCAAGAAUUAUUUACACCAUUCAUUACUUAUUAUGAAAAGCAAUGGUUGCGAAAGGUGACACCCGAAGUAUUUUCGGUUUUCUUAAAAAGAACACAGACUACAUCAGCUGUCGAUUCCUAUAAAGGCGUUAUUGGCCGCAUGAUUCAAAAAAAUGGAAAUUUGUUAAAGCUCUUAUUGAUGAAGAUAGAGAAAUGGAAAUUUUUUCAAAUUUAUUAAAGCUCUUAUUGAUGAAGAGUUUAAUAAGAGUAGAGAUUUUGAUCUUCUUAUAUGCAGUGGUGGAUCCCAUGGUACUACAAAGAAAAAAGAAGACCGUGUAUGAGCAAAAAUCAAGUCAGAUUGAAGAAGCCAGUCAUGAACUCUUGCAGGGAAAAAUUACGCCCAAAGAAUUUUUGCAAGGAAUGGUUUUCAAAAAAGUAAAGUUUGUGUUGGUGUAGAACCAGAUGAGGACAUAUUUUGAAGGGUCUUCCUUAUGACAGUAAUAAAGAGGAUGAUAAUGAUAGCGCGGAUAAAAAUGAUGAUGGCGACGAGACUGUUGUUGCAAACAUAGCAAGCAAUUAUUUUGGCGAAAGUAAAGGCACGAUGUGCAUAGUGUGUUUGGUUKCAAAGCCAAAUAUAUUAUAUUUGCC